AUCACAAAACACAAGUAGUAGGUAAUCUUUUUUUGACAGCAGUGCUCAGGAGAUAAAGUAAAAUAUGUUAUUUGUUAGUAAUUUUUUAUAAAUAUUAGUUAAAACAGCAGUAUGAUGUGAUCACGAUGGGUGGUUGCAUAGGAAUAACUAGAAGUAGAAGUGGGCCGAUCGAGGAGUCGUCGGGGACCGUGUCUCGGCCCAAUUCGGGUGGGCUGAGGAAGAACCAAUCAUUGUGUCAUGAGACGAUAAGGUGGAAAAGUGAUGUGCCAUUGACAGAGGGUCAGCUGCGUAGUAAGAGAGAUGAGUUUUGGGACACCGCUCCAGCGUUUGAAGGUCGUAAGGAAAUAUGGGACGCGCUGCGUGCGGCGGCCGUGGCGGCCGAAGCCAUGGACUUCCAGCUGGCGCAGGCCAUACUGGAUGGAGCCAGUGUCUCAGUGCCUAAUGGAUAUUUGACAGAGUGCUAUGAUGAGUGGGGAACUAGAUAUCAGGUACCAAUAUACUGCCUGUCACCACCCAUAAACAUGGUGAAGGAGGCCCACGGGCGCGACUCCCCGGCGGAGUGGUCGGAGCCCGUGGAGGGGGGCACGGAGGUCACCCUCAGGCUGAGGCUCUCCAGCUCCUGCAAGGAUGUGGAGCUGGCCGUAUACACCAGGCACACGAUCGCUCAUUGCAAGAAUAAACUGCAUGCGCAAGAGAACAUAGAACCAUGGCGCCAACGCUGGUUCUACGGCGGCAAGCUGCUCGGCGACCGGCUGCUGGUGGAGGAGGCCCGCGUCACCCCCGGCUACGUCGUCCAGGUGAUCGUCAGCAGCGAGCCGCAGCCGCCCAGCUAGUCGCCGCGGCCGCACCAAGUGUACGUCGUCAACAUAUACCGGCUGGCGAGCGGUGAGUGGUGAUUCGGAUUCGACUUUCAAAUUCAGCGUCUUUUUCUCAAAAAACAGUUCUUUUUUUUUUAAAGUUGACAGCUGAAUGCUGGUUUUUUUUUACAGAUGCGUUAUUUUUUUUAGAGAUUAGAAAAUUCGAUUGCAGGCUCAUAUUGAAUUUUAGGCAUGUUGGUCGAUCAACACAUUAUCUUGUUCAGAACAGAUAUACUUAGAUCAAUUGCCGUGCCAAUCUUAAAUUCAUGAACAACUUUUAAGGGUCGAUCUUUAAAAGAAAACUCACUGCCAUUUUGAGAAAAAGACAUGCUAUUUUAUGAGCUUCACAUUAUGUUAUUCAAGAUUGAAUAAAUAAGUCAUAAGACGUCUUAAGAUUUAUUGAGACCCGAGUUUCGACCUCAAAUGGAACUGAAAUAUAAUUUUGUCUUUCUCGAAUAUACCGUAUUGUCUCAAAGACACUUCAUGUUUAAUCACGUAUCCUGUAGAAAUUAUUAGAAAAGCUUUUUAGGUUUUUAUUAUGACGUGAAACGUGAGACUGCGAUAGAUUUUCGCUACGGGAACAGAUCUAAGUAAAAAAAUAAAACAAUUCUGACAGACGUCAAAAUAUGGCUAUAUUCAACUUGGACUAUUUAGUGAAGCUUUUCUAAAUUGACUCUGGUGAAUGUAAAGAGGUUCCGCCAUGCAGGUCCAACUCAUAUUGUUUGCCAUAUUAAAUAUAAAUCACAAUUUAUUUGAUCUACAUUGUACAAAAUACUCUUAACGUCUGUGACAGAUGUCGAUUCUUUGAAAUAAACCCUCAAUUAGUUAAAACAAAAGAUUCAUACGGGUAGAUAGAUUUUUUUUUCUAAUAAGGCUUCUUUCGCAUAUGCGCUUUGGAAUCAUGUGAGUAGAAAAAGUACUACAAGUAGAAAUAAAAAGAGCUGUUGGGCUGCUUAAGCGUCGUCAACGAAAAGCCUUAUUUCAGGUAUCUUUCUCCGUAAAACAUCACAAUAUUGAAACAGAUUUAUUGAAGUACUUAAUACGACAGCUGUUACAGACAUUUGAGUUAUUUUUGUAUUCUUUUCUAAUGUUCAGUCCUUGAGCUCAUAAAGGCCCAAGAUUUAGUGCAAUAAUAUAUUUAUUUUAAUAUUUGGUACAAAAUAAUUUCGUUCUUAUUCAGUUAACGGUUUUUGCCGCUAUCAAGAAAAAUUCGAUCAGAAAUUUUAUGUCGCUAGAUAUUCACAUAAGAUUUUAUACCAAAUAACGGCGAUAAAUGGCUCAAAGUUUAAUAAAUACUCAUUGUAAUGGCGAGAAGAACGAGAGAAUCGAACGCAAAUUGUUGGAAUCAACAAGUUCGCAGGUUCACUUUAUCAUGAACCUUUGAUUUAUCAAAGAGAAAAAGUUCUUCAGCUUCUUUUUUGAAACCUACGUACCUACAUUUAAUGCGAGUAGACGUGAACGGGUGAAGUUUAUAAAAUGUUUAGGUAAUGAAAUGAACGAAAUUGAACUACAUUUUUUAUCAAGUAAGAGAAAGUGAACCUCGGUACGAAAUGCGUAUUAAGGUACAGUUUCUCUAUUGGAUAACUUGAAAAAGUGAACUUAGCCAUGUAUCAACAAGAUGUGCAAUAAAAUGCAUAUUUAUGUUGCGUGGACAGGCGCGUGCGGACGAGUACGCGUCUUUGUGCUAUAUUACAAGUAGGUAUCGAACGUCAGAGCGGUGUCAAUGUAUUGUGAGUUGGUUAUUGCAAAAUAAUAUAACAUUGUCAAGUGUAUUCACAAAAUAAAAUAAUGUCCUCACAUUUAUUUAUAGGACUUUAUUGCAUUAAAUACAAAAAAUGUUUUGGUCUUUAUCACAUAAUACCUAUGUUCUUUUCCCUUGUGAGUUCAGUUGAAAGACUGUUAUAUUUAAUUUAUAGUUAAAAUGAAACGUUUAGUUUAUAAAUUAUAGAUACCAUUUAUAUUUAGCGUAAUAUAGCAUUUUUUAUUAGGUAUUAUAUGCGUUAUAUCACAAAGACGAAUACUCGCGAGCUUUCUGUUUUCAAAUCAGAAUAAAAUAUAUAUACUAAAUAUAUAAUGUAGGUACCAUAUUGAUCAACUGAAAGUUAUUAUAUAGGUAUUUUAUAUCACUGCAGUAAUAAUAAAUUAUUAUAUA